CCUGCGCGAUGUCGGAGUCGAGCACAUUUGAGCUGAAGAGUAUCGCCAUCUUCCUGGAAGCUUCGACAGUCGAAAUUUCGUGAGCAAGGCACCGCCGACGUGAGCAAAAUUCAGCAUGGCAACCCUUACCAUGCUCCGUCCAGUAGCAAGCCUAGCCUUGAUAGCCAUGUUUGUGCACGCCUCAAGCCAAGCUGCUCUGAACCUCUCGCACACGUACCACACCUUCGAUGCUCUGAUCGACCACUUCACGUACUGCAAGAACGCAACGUUCCCUUUGAGGUACGCGAUGGCCGACCAGUACUGGAAUCGAAAGGGUGGACCCAUGUUCAUCUAUACCUCCAAUGAAGGUUCCAUUGAAGACCACAUUUUGAACACCGGAAUCAUGUGGGAAUGGGCGCGAGACUUCAAGGCGCUGUUGGUGUUCCCCGAACACCGCUACUACGGCAAAUCUCUGCCUUUUGGAAAAGACUCAUUCAAGGCCCCCGAGAUGACCGCAUAUCUGACCACGGAACAGGCUCUGGCCGAUUACGUCGACCUGGUCAUCUGGCUCAAGAAAAACAUUAAGGGUGCUCGAACCAGCAGGGUGGCCGCCUUUGGUGGUCAUCACGCAGGCAUGCUGGCAACCUGGUUUCGGACAAAGUACCCGCACACCGUCCGAGCAGCUCUGGCCAGCAGUGCCCCCUUCAAGAUGUUCUCGCCUGCCACUACGUGCGACACUUUCUAUAAGGCAGUGACGAACGUCUACAAGCAGACGUGGAAGUAUUGCCCCAGAGAGGUUAGGAGGAUAUGGCCCGUUCUCGAAGCAUUGGCAUCUACAGGUAAUUCUCGAUAG